AACUACAUAACUGAGAUCUGAGUUCUAUUGGCCGAUGAAAGGCGAUAGCUGCUAUAUAAAAGCAUGCGUCUUUAUAGUGGGGGAAUAUUUCAACUAAGAGCUUCAGAACAGACAUUUGAAAAAGGGAUUUAUGAUAUAACAAUUAAUUGGCGAAUACAAUUAGAAAGUUUUUAACUAACAUUCAGAUUUAGCGGGGGCAAAAUAGCAUCAACACCACAACAAAAAUAAACUGCAAACGGAUAUAGGAAUCAAUAUAACUAUUCAAAAGGACUGUGAGAUUGAUAAGCGGAACAUCCUAAAAAAAUCCUAACUUUAAAUAAAGGAUCGGGUAUGAAAAUGGUCGCUUCAGGAGAAGUCUCGAGGGUUGUAAGCUGCACGAUGGUGGGGGACGGACUGGUCGGCAAGACGUCCAUAGUACGGAAGUUCGCAAGACAGUCGUCUACAGAACAAUACGUGGCUACAGUGUUCGAUAACUUUGCAGGAAGUGUCACAAUCAAUGGCUCCAAAACAACAGUGAGCGUUUUCGAUACGGCAGGACAACAGGAGUACGAGGGACUCCGCGUGUUUACGUACAGUCAGAGUGACGUCAUUCUCGUGUGUUUCUCCGUCGUCGACAGGGAAUCCUUCCUCAACGUAUCCGAUUUCUGGGUGCCGGAAAUCCGGCUCCACGUCGGCAAAAGUAAACCGAUUGUCUUGGUUGCCACGCAGGCUGAUUUAAGGGGUUCGCCGAAGACAGUGUCCAUUUCGAAGCAGGAGGGCCGCAAUUUGGCGUGCAAAAUUGGCGCCAAGCUGUACCUGGAAACCUCCAGCAAAGACUCUGAGAGCAUAAACACAGUUUUCGAGCAUGCGGUCAUAAGCGCUGUGAAACAGAAGAAAUGCAAAUUGAGUCUAUUUGAUAAACUCUUAAGAAGAUGAAAAGCCAGCGAACAUCUUGUUCUUAACGUACAUAGUGUGUUUGUCAAACAAACUCAAGACGACAUGCUCGUCGAAGCGGUCCGAGGUUAAGACGAAAGAAUCAGGCCCUGUUCAUGGCGAUCGGACCGCAGCCUGACGGGACAAAAUGUAAAUAGUCGAAACCUCAAGGGACAAUAGCUAUAACAGCAUUCUUGAUAGAUGGGUGUGGGGCACGCCGUGUGCACCAGUCAGGAGGGUUUUAUGCAGAUUGAUAUUACAUUUAUACACACAAUGCUCGGUGUUUCACACGUAUUAAACAUGUGCAAUAUUUGUUAUUUAUGCAGUGCCUAAAAAGGCGUUUUGUAUAAUAAUAAGCAUGUAUUUCUGUUUUUGUUUGCUUCAUUUUACUUUAUUUCAACAAUACAUAUCUAUACAAACUCGUGUGCACAGUUAAGGUAUCGAUUAUUAUACAACAUAUCAGGAGGAAAACAUUUGAUUGUAUACCAGAUUCUUGCGCGUUAAUACCAUUUCCAACUAAUGUUUGGGUAUAGAGUAGUUUCUGGUUACUGAAUUUUCUUUUAGAAGAGAAUCUGUACAUAUAACAAGAAUAAAAACAACGCCAUUAUGUGCAUAUAUAUCAAAUAUAUAUAUAUAUUUGAAAGUGAUUUUUUUUCUUCAGAAAAGUUGAUUUUUCGUUAUAAAAUGAUUAUUUAUCAUUCACAAUGAUAAUUUCACUAAUUAAUAUCAUAGCCACACGCUAACCACCUAUGAUAUAAACAUCGUGUCUGAAAAAUAAUUAUUAAAGAUCAAACUUAUUAUCGUUGGUGUCAUCUUUGGCAACAACAGAAAAAUCACCAUCAACACAGUGCUGCGAAUGCUGUUGUUUCUACCCGAACAUUCUAUUAGUAUAUAGACAAUCUUACGAGGUUACAAGUGCGUAAAAAAUAGACGCUAGAACCUUAGGUCAGUAAGUGCUUAUACACGCACAUAAACAUUUCUUAACAAAGCGAUAAUUCUGAGCCGCAAAUAUAUCAACAACUUGAAGACGUGAGUCGCGCUUCACAGUUCGCAACCGGUGACUUGGUAUUGCUAAAAUCCUAUACGUUCGAUUUCUUACAGCAAGACUGGUCACUGAAAUUCCAAUGUUAAGUACCGGUAACAGGUACAGGUAAAGUACAAAAUUUGUUACGCCCUGAUAUAUAGUUUACUGUUACCAAAAUGAGUGCGAAAUGGUUGAAGAUUGUAUAAAUACUCGUUCACAACUCAAAUCUUGUUUUUGUAUUGUAACUGAGUGCAUUCACAUCAUCGUACUAGUGUAAUGUUAACACGGCAGCCCUGCAAAAGUUGAAGAAACAUAGUCUGUAGAGGUAACGAAUUUGGAAUCUAAUAUGCUUUGCCUACAGCAGCAACGUCUAUAUGGUCUAUAUUUCAUUGCUUUGUUUUUGUUUUUUUGUAUUCUUAAAUCCUGAUUAACACUCAAAACACUCAAA